AUGGUGGGGAAAUAUCUAAAGCUUAUACAUAAGUACCUGGAGCCCUGGCAACCUAUACCGGGGAUUGAGUCUGGUUUGGGCCAUACCGGCUUCGUCACUCCCGAGGCUCUCUACCGCUUGGCUCGGCAGCCGUCUGUCAUGUCAUGUUCCGGCCAUGUCAAGGUGAUCAACGGGAAGGUGUUCUUCCGGUACGGUGGCUUCUGGCACGUCUACUACCGCCUCAACCGCUUUCUACAAACAGUCAAGAUGAUUCAGGAUGCAAUCGACGUGUACGGCUUGACAGAUCUACGGUUAGAGAUGAUAGUCAACACGUGCGACCACCCGCAGUCGUUCUACAGCAGCCACUGGGCUGACCGUGCUGGUUACCCUGUCAUGAGCAUGGGGUUCACGGUCGACACCAUGGACAUACCCAUCCCUGACCCGCUCGACCUGACAGAGGAUUACACUCCUGAUCUGAGCACCCAGGUCCCUUGGGAAAGGAAAGAAGCGCGAGCAGUGUUCCGCGGAAAGACCACCAACUUUGACAUGCUGGACGGCAACUGGGGCGCCAACCCGCGCGUGCGGCUGCACCGGCUGUCAGAUGUGCACUCGGCGCUGAUGGAGGCUCACAUCAACGCGUGGAGCCACGCCAAGCCCGCGGUGAUCAAAGCGAUGGCGGAAGAUGGGCUGUUGCUGGCGAAACGCAUGAACUUCACUCAAUUCAACGCGUUCAAGUACCAGGUGAUCGUUGAUGGGGGAGGUGGCAGCUGCAGGACGUGCGGAGUGCUGCGAUCCAAUCAGCUGAGCAUCCGCCAGGAGACUCCCUUGUUUCAGUUCUAUGAGCCGCUGCUAGAGGAUGGGGUGCACUGGCUGGUUACCACCCGCACAUUCUCCGAUCUCCCUGCUAAGAUACGCUGGGCCCAAGAGAACGACGACGCAGCACAGCGGCUGGUGCAUGCAGCGAACCACAUGGCGCAGUAUGCCUGCACGUGGAGUGGCAGGCGGCUGUACUGGGCGCUGCUGCUCGUCAAGUACCAUGACGUCUUGCAGGACCCGUCGGCCAUCACUGAGCCUACAGCCAACGAGAUCUGCACCAAGCAGCCCCUUCUACAGCCCCCACCCAACGCCACCAACCCUGCUCUCGUGCACUGUGCCGACCCCGACGCUCCCAAGCACCAGCCUGACUGCGCAUUCUUCUGUGCCAAGGCCACCAUUCCCGACUCGGGGCUCAUCUGGCUGCGAGCAGACGUGCUGAGAGGGCUCAAGAAGAUUGGCCCACCGUGA